AUGUACAACAAAGGGGAUACGGCGGCCCCGGUGGUCCCGGAGGCCCUGGAGCAGCAAGGAGGCGGCAUUCGACUUCAAGUGGGCAAGGUCCAAGACCGUAUGCUCCAAAGCAGCCUAAUCUAUGAAAACGUAUGUGCCGUAAGCCCUCAGGACUUUGGCGAGGGCAAUUCGCACGUCCUCAUCCGGAACCAAGAAGGAGGCGAGUUCGUCGUCGCCGCCAGGGGCAUCCCAGGCUUCGCGCCGGGAUACAUCGCCCUCAACGAGAAGCAGAGGCAAUGGGCGAGGAUCGCGCAGCUAGACACAUUUAUGGGCAUGCCCUACGACCCCUUCCGCGCCGGCAAGAACGUGUACCUCGGCGCCGUCGAGGUCUCCGUCAGCUUCGCUUCCCCCAGCAAGAAGACGGAAUACGUCUACAGCGACGACGAGCUCAUCCCCGUGUUCCUCGGUACUUUCAGAGACCAGAUCCUGCAGCCCGGCCAGUUUAUUCUCAUGGACCACCGCGGGACUCCUCUCCUCGUGACCAUCAAUGGCGUCACCUUGACCAACCUCGGCCAGCAAGAGGGCAGCGAAAUCCGCAACGACCCGGGCGCCCGCGGCAUCCUGGUGCAGCAGACGGAGGUUUUGAUGACGGCGGACGGAAGAGAUCAGAGGGUCGCGCUUAAACUCAAGUCCUCGGCCACGGGCAGCACCAGGAAACCCAUUAUCACGGCCAGCUUCAACUUCUCCCAGAUGGGCAUCGGCGGUCUCGACGACGAGUUCGCCAUCUUGUUCCGAAGAGCCUUUGCCUCGCGCGUGUUCCCGCCCAAGGUUGCCGAGCGCCUCCGGAUCCAGCACGUCAAGGGUAUGCUGUUGUACGGCCCUCCCGGAACGGGCAAGACCCUUAUUGCCCGUCAGAUCGGCAAGGUUCUCAACGCCAAGGAGCCCAAGGUCAUCAACGGUCCCGAGGUGCUCAACAAGUACGUCGGCCAGUCGGAAGAGAACAUUCGAAAGAUUUUCGCCGACGCCGAAAAGGAAUACAAGGAGCGUGGCGACGAGAGCGACCUUCACGUCAUCAUCUUUGACGAGCUGGACGCCGUGUGCAAGCAGCGAGGCUCGGGAGUUGGUGGUGGCACGGGUGUCGGUGACUCGAUCGUCAACCAGCUCCUUACCAAGCUCGAUGGUGUGGACCAGCUGAACAACAUCCUCCUCAUCGGAAUGACGAAUCGAAAGGACAUGAUUGACGACGCCUUGCUGCGUCCCGGUCGUCUGGAGCUGCAGCUCGAGAUCUCUCUUCCCGACGAGUUUGGUCGCGUACAAAUCCUCAACAUCCACACCAGCAAGAUGAAGGAGAAUGGGGUUCUCGGCGACGACGUCAAUAUCGAGGAGAUUGCAAAGCUCACCAAGAACUUUAGCGGUGCUGAGAUUGCCGGUCUCGUGAGAUCAGCGACAUCAUUUGCCCUCAACAGGCAUAUCGAAGCCAACGACAAGGGUGUCAUAGCGAAGAAUGUGGAGAACAUGAAGGUUGGACACGACGAUUUUGUGGGCGCUUUGGCCGAAAUUAUCCCCGCCUUUGGUGUUGCGGAAGACUCGCUUGAUCUUCUCUUGCCCAUGGGCAUAAUCAAAUUCAACCCUCCCCAGUUCGAUAAAAUCUUCCGCGAGGGCCUGGAGUACUGCAACACGGUCCGCCAGUCGGAUACUCUGCGCCACUUGAGCGUGCUAUUCCACGGUCCUCUCGAGUCCGGAAAGACCGCCCUAACCGCGUACCUCGCGAAGCAGUCCGACUUCCCCUUCAUCAAGGUCCUCUCCCCGAUGGAUCUCGUGCCCUACCGCGACGACUUUGCCAAGAAGGACUAUAUCCACAAGGUCUUUGCAGACGCCUACAAAUCCCCUAUAAGCUUGCUCAUCAUUGAUGACUUUGAAAGCAUCAUCGAGUACUCGCCUAUCGGACCGCGUUUCUCCAACGUGAUCCUCCCCGCCCUCAUCACCCUGAUCCGAACCCCGCCUCCCAAGGGCCGACGACUACUCACUUUCGUCACCACCUCCCACAUGGGUCGCCUAAAGCGCCUACAGGUCGACACGUACUUCCCUAGGCAAGUCAAGGUGGGUCCCGUCAGGACACUCGAGGAGCUCGCCGAGGUGUUGGUACAGAGCAAGACAUACACGGAGCAGGUCGUGAGAUAUAUGUGUGAGGAGAUCCGGUCUCAAGUAGGGCCCGACCGGUCCGGGCAGUUCGUGGUGGGCCUGGGCAUCAAGACGGUCUUGACAUUCUUGGAGGAGGCCAAGGUGAUGCAAAACAACGGACAGGACGGCGUAGAAGCCUUUGUUCAAAAGGUGGCGGAAGCCAUUGUCACGGCAAGAGUAGAGCUAGAAAACGAGACUUCGGGCCAACGUCAGUCUUUCGACUAA